AUGCGGGCCCUGCCCCCGGGACCGUGUCUGUGGCUGCUGCUGGCAGCGGCGCUGGCGGCGGGUGGCGACUCGGAGCACUCCCGGCUCCGCGGGGCCGUGCUGCGGGAUCUGGCUCGGGGCAAGGUGGAGACCUGCGGCGGAUGACGGCUGAACCGCCUCAGGGAGGUGAAGGCGUUCGUCACCCAGGACAUCCCGCUCUACCAUAACCUGGAGAUGAAACACCUGCCUGGUGCUGACCCUGAGCUUGUGCUACUCAACCACCGGUAUGAGGAGCUAGAGAGAAUCCCCCUGAGCGACAUGACCCGGGAAGAGAUCAACCAGCUGGUGCAGGAGUUGGGCUUCUACCGCAAGGAGACACCUGAUGCCCCUGUGCCAGAAGAGUUCCAGUUUGCCCCUGCCAAGCCUCUGCCAACGGUAAUGCCUCCCCAAGCACCCACUGCUGAUGGCAAGACCCCACCCAAACGUGACAAGGAAGAACACCCAGACCUCUAGCAAGGAGUGCCACACUCAGGACAGGGUCCUGCAGCCAGGCCCCAGUGUAGGAAAUGAGGGUGUUACAGCAGCUGGGGAUGGCGUCACAGUGUGGCAAAGGUUUUCCCCCCUCCACCUGCUUAGUGUUGUGUAGCCUCUGCCCUGAGGAUGCCCUAGGCAGAUCCAGCCUCAAGCAGAGGCUUCCUGUUGGCAUUCSAAGGGUGCCAUGUGCUGGUUGAUGCCCUCCUUAAUGUCCUUGGAGCCCAUUAUCCCUGGCCAGUCGGGAGGAACAGCAUUCCUUGCUGUGCCCAGAGGUUUAACAGCUCCCAGCACUGGGCAGCAGUAUCCUGCCUGCAUGGGACAGGAUGAAACCCUCAGCAGAAAGUGUCAGGUGCUAAGGGUAGAUAUGCUGAGUCCCAAAGGUGGGAGAGCUGCCCCAGGAAGGGGGCUUUACUUCCCAGUAKGGUUAUGUCGUAUCCAGCUCCUAGUAAAGCUUUUAUGUGUGGUCA